AUGCCAUUAUUUACGUCCACUCGUUUAUAUGUGGCUCCAUUUUCAUCUUCAUUUGGUAACAACAGUGAUGGUUCGCUUUUAAAUCCAUACUCAUCAUUGCAACAAGCUCUUGAUCAUAUCGAACGUAAUUAUUAUCGUGAUAUAAGUUCAUCUCAACGAACAACCAUCUAUCUAUAUCCAACUUAUCAUUUUGUAAACACAAUUCGCUUUCAUCAAGCUCAUAGUCGCACACGACUAACAACUAUGAAACAAGAAGAUACUGCUUUCUAUGAACAAUUUACUGCUCGCGAGCAAAUUCCUCGACGAUUGUCAAGGGCAGUCAUUAGUGGUGGAGUACCAAUAACUAAUUGGACUGAUCUCGGCUCUAAUGUAUAUAAAGCAAUCGUACCAUCAACAAUAUUGGUCAACCAAUUGUUCGUUGACAAUCAACGUUUUUCUCGUUCACGUUCACCCACAGAUUCAUCUCUUUAUCUUCAAUAUGAUGCACCAUUAAAAGAUCCAACUCAAGCACGUUAUGGUUUUCAGUAUGUUCAAGGAAUGUUCGAUUCCAUUUCAUUAGAUGAUGCCAUGGUAGUUGUUUAUCAUAGUUGGACAACAUCACAUCAUUAUAUCGAUCGACUAAUACCAUCGAAUAGAACCAUUUUAUUUACUAACCCAUCCGAUCGGCCUAUUGGCACUUUUGUUACUCAAGGAAAACGACGAUUUCAUAUUGAAAAUAUUUGUAAUUCGCUUCCUCAAAACUCAUUUUGUUUUAAUAAUGCAACAAAAACUGUCUAUAUAUCGACAGAUGGUACUUACAAUCCGAUGGAUGUCCCGAUUAUUACGCCGGUAAACGAAAUAGUAGUUUUACUUGCCAGUGCUGACGCUAAUAGUCCUAUUGAGGACAUAAUUAUUGACAAUGUUGCAAUACAACAUGGUGCAUGGAAUAUUGGUCGUACACAACAAGCCGAUAGUCAAGCAGCUGCAUUUCUCGAUUAUGCUGCACUGUAUAUUGCUAAUGCAACUGCUAUUGUCGUCUCAAAUGUUGAAAUCAGUCAUACUGGUUCGUAUGGCGUAUGGAUUAAAGAAGGAACAAAUAAUAUCAAUCUUAUGAAUUCUUUGAUCACUGAUACUGGCGCCGGUGGAAUACGAAUCGGUCAAAUGAACAUACCUACGCAUCCAACUAAUUCUAUCAAAAUUCUAUAUAAUGAAGUUAGUUAUGGUGGAAAUGUAUUUCCAAGUGGUGUGGCUGUGAUUAGUCAUCGUGCUACCGAUGUUACCAUUGUUGGUAAUAAUAUUCAUCAUCAUCGAUAUACGGGUAUAUCCAUUGGAUGGGAAUGGGGUUAUGCUCCAUCCUAUACUAGCGAUGUAUUAGUGCAAGGCAAUUAUAUCUAUAACACUGGACAACAUAUUCUAUGUGAUCAAGGCGGUAUUUAUACAUUGGGUAUACAGCCAGGAACAGUUAUCACUGGUAAUGUUAUUAAAAAUGUAUUUAGCUAUGCUAUCUACAUGUGGGGUAUUUAUCUCGACGAAGGUACAUCACAAGUUGUCGUCUCCAAUAAUGUUGUAUAUAAUACCGGUUGGGCUUCGUUUUUUCAACAUUAUGGUGCUAACAAUACUAUUAUCAAUAAUGUAUUUGCACGUGCAUCAUUGAAUCCACCGCCACAACCUGGCGAUGAUAAUCCAGAUGGUGAUAUUCAUAUUGGUCUUGCAGAAAGUCAUACAUCAUUAACGUUUACACGCAAUAUCAUCUAUGAUGCAUAUCAAGGACCAACACAUUCUGCAUAUAAAUCCGAUCCCAAUGUAAUUGCAUCAUUCAAUGACAAUGUCUAUUACAAUCCGUAUGCUACUUCUUUACUGUUUGGAUCACAACAAACUUCAUUUGCUGAAUGGCAAAAAACUGGACAAGAUAAUGAUAGUUUGAUAGUAGAUCCAUUGUUUCUUGGUGAUGUUCAACAAUGUGAUUUUUUUACCGUUCGAUCCAAUAGUCCAGCAGCAAUGCUAGGCUUUGCAAAUAUAACAAAACUUUCGCAAUGGACACCUGGAUGUGAUAUAGAUGGUGAAAGUGGUAACAGACAAUUCUAUCACUGGUAA